AUGGCUGCUCACCUUCAGCGUUGCCGUCCAUGCGACUCCGACACUGGGGCUUCUUUCAUUCCUGAAUCGGCCCUAACGCGCAGGGCCGCCCUGCCGCCCGCCGGCCGGAUUUUGCAUCGUCGGUCUUAUAGUGCCGUUGCACCUAUUGCAAGGGCUUCCAGGAGCAGCAGCAAGCAAAGCAGCAAUAGCGGCCUGCAAAGCCUUUUCCUGUCGGACAUCUCGCUCAUUGGCCAGCGCACACCGUUGCUCCUGGGCUUCUUCAACUACUUUGAGCGCCAUCUGCCGCACGUAGGCUUUUUCGAGCCCAUAGCCCAUGAGGCUUUGGCUUCUUCUGAGCUGAAGAUCGACCGGCAUGUGGAGCUAGUGUACAAGGUGUUCAAUCUCAAGGGGGACGCCACCCGCAUGACCGGUGUGCAGGACGCGGAGGCGGCACGGAUGAUAGCAAACGGUCAGCACAGUGAGCUCUUGGACCGGAUUUACGCAAACUUUGUAUCGUACAAGGAGGGUCACGACUUGGUGUUGGUAGAGGGCCCGGGCCCGCUCAUGGGCGGUACGGAGCUGGAUGCGCAGAUCGCUGCCACCAUUAACGCCCCCGUGCUCAUGACCAUGACGGGAUCUCCCAACUGCAGCGUUUCAGAUUACUACAACCGGGCGAUGGUAAAGCGGCAGGUGUUUUUGGACCACAAGGUUGAGGUGCUGGGUCUCGUCAUGAACGGGCUCCCGCGCAACAGCCACGCGCUCAUGACUGCCCAACUAAAGGCCCGGUUCAACCAGUCGGGGCUGCCCUUCGCGGGGGCGAUUCCACAGGACCCCAUCCUGAAAAAUGUCCGGUUGGACGAGGUGCAGACGGCCCUGCAGGCCGUACGGUUGUACGGCGAUUCCCUGCUGACUGACGUUGAGUUUGACGACGUUGUGGUUGGCUGCCAGCGGUUGGAGGAGCUGCUGGAAAUCCUGGGGGAAAGACCUGGGGGCCGUCCCCUAGUCAUCACCUCCGCCGAUCGACUGGACAUUGUGUUGGGGCUGCUGGCGGCCCAGCUGUCCGUCAGCGGCCCGGGGGUCGCUGGAGUGCUGCUCACGCAGGCGGGCUCCUCGCGGUCCGGAAGGAACUACGCCAGGGAUACCAUUGACCGCAUCUUUGCCGGCCUGGUGAACAGCGGCCUCUACAAGGGCAGCUUGCUGCCGCGACUAUUCGAGCAGUACGUGGACGCCAACGCGGUGGUGGCGGAGCUGCAGCGCAUCAAGCCCACGCGGAUGACACCCAAAAUGUUCAUGCAUACUCUUAAAACCAUGUGCAGGGAGAACCCCCAGCACAUCAUCCUGCCCGAGUCCGAUGACAAGCGCGUGUUGGCUGCUGCUGCCGAUGUGACCACGCGGGGCCUGGCCAAGAUCACCUUGCUGGGUGACCCCACCACCAUCACGGCGGAGGCGGCCAAGCUGGGACUGGACCUGUCCCAGUGCAACAUCCACAACCCCAACACCGCGGGUCGCUUUGAUGCGUACGCUGAGUUGCUGGUGGAGCUUCGGAAGCACAAGGGCAUGACUCCGGACCGGGCGCUGGAUACACUACACGGCGACAUGAAUUUUUAUGCCACGAUGAUGAUCGCGGCGGGGGAUGCGGACGGUAUGGUAUCGGGAGCCUGCCACACAACCGCCUCGACUGUCAGACCAGCGAUGCAGGUGCUCAAGAGCGCGGACUCUCCCCUGGUGUCGUCGGUCUUCAUCAUGUGUUUGCCUGACAGGGUGGUGGUGUACGGCGACUGCGCCGUGAACGUCAACCCCACCGCCGCGGAGCUGGCCACCAUCGCCAUCACCUCCGCCGACACCGCCGCCGCGUUUGGCAUCGAGCCACGAGUGGCCAUGUUGUCGUACUCGACACUGGGCUCCGGAACCGGUCCGGAUGUCCUGAAGGUGGAGGAGGCGGUUGCACUGGCCAAGGCCCGCCGACCCGACUUGAAAAUCGAGGGACCCAUCCAGUACGACGCGGCUAUCGACCCCAAGGUGGCAGCAGUCAAGGUUACUGGCGGCAGUGAAGUGGCGGGCAAGGCUACGGUGUUUGUGUUCCCGGAUCUAAACACCGGCAACAACACGUAUAAGGCAGUGCAGCAAAGCUCGGGAGCCAUCGCCAUGGGCCCCAUCAUGCAGGUACCUGUGUGGGGUGGGUGGCCUUACCUUCCCUGGCCUGGUCUGCUCAAGCCGGUGAACGACCUGUCUCGCGGGUGCACCGUCCCCGACAUCGUCAACACCAUCUGCGUCACGUCCAUCCAGGCCAGCAGGCUUCGCCGGGGCAACCGCCAGAGCGCCGAUAGCACGCCCACGCAAAGCAUGGACGGCGGGCCCGGUCCCAGUAACGGUAACGGCAACGGUAAUGGCAACGGUAGUGGUGUUAUUCCGCCGCAGCUGGCCAUUGUUUAA